ACAACACACUAACCUCACCAUUUUUCUGUUACGACGAACAAAGUCUCUUACAAAGUAGACCAUAACUGCCCAAUUCCUGUGAAUUAAGUUUCAUUUUUUGUUGAUCCAACACUCGAAACAACUGCUGACAAGAGGUGUUUUUUAAAAUCGUUUUUUUUGGCUGGAAAAUGUGUAUACCGUGUGGGCUUGCAGGGUUGGCUUGCUGUUGCACUUCAGCAGCAUGCUCCUGCUGCUGUAGUUUCUGCCCAGGAUGUAAAAACUCCACGGCAUCUCGUCUGGUGUAUGGACUCAUCCUGCUGCUUGGGACCUUACUGGCAUGUGUAGCCUUGAUUCCAGGAGUCCAGGAUGCUAUCAAAUCGAUCCCGCUAUUUUGUGACAAUCUCCCGGACACCUGCCAGCUGAUCGGCGGUUACGUUGGGGUCUACAGAGUCUGCUUUGCCUUGGCUUGUUUCUUCUUCCUCAUGGCAGUCAUCAUGAUCAAGGUCAAGAGCAGUAAGGAUCCAAGGUCUGGCUUCCAGAAUGGAUUCUGGGUUGUGAAAGUUGUAAUGUUGAUUGCAAUUGGAGUGGGAGCAUUCUUCAUUCCCCCUGGAGAGUUUGAAAAUGUGUGGAUGUACUUCGGAAUGGUGGGCGCCUUCACCUUCAUUCUGAUCCAGCUGGUUCUGAUCAUUGACUUUGCUCACUCUUGGAACGAGAGCUGGGUGGGGAGAAUGGAGGAAGGGGAGAGCAAGGGCUGGUAUUAUGCUCUUUUGAUGGCCACCGUACUCAAUUUCAUCAUAACCAUUUCUGGAUUUGUGCUGUUCUAUGUCUUCUACAUUGGUCGUGGGACUGAUGACGGUUGUAGCUCACACAAGUUCAUCAUCUCCUUCAACAUGCUCUUAUGCAUUGGAUUUUCCAUUGUGAGCAUCUUGCCGAAAGUACAAGAAGCUCUUCCUCAAUCAGGCCUUCUUCAGUCCUCCGUGAUCUCAGCCUACACCAUGUAUCUGACCUGGUCUGCACUGAGCAGUAACCCAAACAUGAAAUGCAACCCAGGAUUGGAACAGAUUACUACUGGUUCCGCUGCAGCAAACAGUCCAGGUCUCGGAGCUGAAGACUGGGUCUCACUCAUUGUGUUUCUCGUCUGUAUCGUCUAUGCCUGUAUCCGUUCCGCAAGCACCAACAAUGUGAGCAAGCUGACCGGUGGAGAUGAAGUUGCAUACUAUGGGGCUGGCGAGAAAGUUCUGAUCAGUGACUCUCCAACCUCCUCUGAGAAUGCCAGUGGUGAUGCAGAGAAAGGCGGACAGAACGUCUGGGAUAACGAAGAAGAAGGCGUGGCAUACAGCUACAGCUUCUUCCAUUUCAUGAUGUUCUUAGCAUCCCUCUACAUCAUGAUGACACUCACCAACUGGUUCAACCCAACCUCAGGAGAUUUAGCUGACAAGACAAGUCUGACGAUCAGCCCCGGUGCUAUGUGGGUCAAGGUGUCUUCAAGCUGGGUCUGUGUCAUCCUUUAUAUCUGGUCUCUAGUAGCACCUAUUGCGCUCAAGAACCGCGAAUUUAACUAGACUCCCAAUCGCUUCUCACACAACUCACUCCGCAACUUCACUCUCGACAUAAACAUUGAAAGGUGUUAUAUGGGAUUGGUAAGGCUUUCAAAAUAAAAAGUCAUCAUCUACAUUUGUUCUCUAGUAGCACCCAUUGCACUCAAGAACCGCGAAUUUAACUAGACUCACAAUCGCUUCUCACACAUUCACUCGCGACAUAAACAUUUAUUAUACAGAAUUGGUUAGGCAGACAAAAUAUUGCAGACAGCUCGUGUUUGUUCAUAACGUGUUAGUUCGCAAAAUAAAAGGAAAACCGUGCAAAUUUGAGGCAUAUUUUUGUGGAUCAUUAUAUUCUACUUAC